AUGGACUUAGGCGAGGUCUUGGAGAGGAUGCACCAAUCCAAAGAUAAGACACUAACGACAACACAGCCUCCAAACUUUAGGAUGGAAUUUUUGCAUGAUGGGAUGAAAGACGAUGUCUUGAACAUAGUUUCCACCAGUUUUUACCAAAAGGGCGAUCUUGAGCAGUGGCUUAAGUCAGAUACAUACGAGUUCGAAUACUUAGAGUUGAUGGGCAAGUUUUGGGCGCCGUUGGUCGAAAAGGAUCUCAGUUUCGUGGUUAUUUCUACUAAAACGGGGAAUGUCAUCGGUGUCAGUUUGAACUUCGAUGCGCGCGAUGAACCAAAAGUGGAAAUAACCUCGAAACUGGUCGUGAUUUUCGAAUUCUUGGAGACCAUCGAAGGUCCCAUCAGGAAUAAUCGAUUGCCGUCUGGAAAGGGGAACGUCUUCCAUUCGUUCAUAAUGACCACCAGCUUGUCACUUUCGUCACAAGAAAACGUCGCCCUGAUAAAAUAUAUGGAAGAUCAAGUGCAUAUUUUAGCCAAAAAUAAGAAAUUCAAGGGAAUUUUAACUACCAACACCAGUCCUUUGACUCAACAAAUGUGUUCAAAUAUAUAUGGCUAUAAAGAAAUGUACAAUUGUCAAGUCAACACAUACAUUGCUUCCGAUAAUUCCAAACCAUUUGGUUUAGCACCGAAUUCCCAACGGGUAAUCGUCCAUUGGAAAGAGAUCUGA